AUGAGCUAUGCAAAUAUUGCUACAGUGAGUGGCUUCUCAGACAUGAACCUCAUCAUCAUAAAAGCAACAGCCCCGGAUGACUUGCCUCUGCCUGAAAAGUACAUACAACACCUUUUGAAACUCUUCACCGUUUCUCCGUCUACGUGUCACUCCUUCGCCAUCAGCUUCACUCGUCGAUUUGGAACCACGCGUAGCUGGCGUGUUGCACUCAAGUGUCUCAUUCUUCUUCACCGUUUGCUUCGUUCUGUCCCGGGAAACAGCACCCUCUGGAGUGAACUCUUGUGGACACGUUCCAAUGCCUUGAUUUCUCUCCACCCUUGCCAUUUCAAGGAUGAUUCCUCCUCUUGUCCGGUUUCCUACACAAACUUUAUCAUAUCUUACGCACACCUUCUGGAUGAAGCCCUCAACUGUGUUGCUUUGGAUGACACCAAAAUGGAAGGGCAAGAAGUAGAUGAGAAAGAAGAACCUAUUGCUGAAACGGAAAGUUUUCACGAGAAAUUGAAGGAACUGGGUGAAGUGCUUGAAGUGUUGCCACAACUACAAAGCCUUAUAGAUAGGGUGAUGGCAUGUUAUCCAAUGGGGGUGGCAGCACGAAGUUUUAUUGUGCAGUGUGCCAUGAAACUUAUAAUUCGUGACAGCUUCGUUUGUUACACAAAGUUCAGAAGAGAGAUAGUUGGGGUUUUGGACAAUCUACUUGACAUGCCGUAUAGGAACUGCAUAGCCGCUUUCAACAUUUACAAGAAAGCUGCAGUUCAAACCAAUGAGCUUUAUGAGUUCUACGAGUGGUGCAAGGUAAAGGGUUUGUGUGGUUUGUACGAGUAUCCUUUGGUGGAGCCAAUUCCAUACAUACAAAUCAAAGCUUUGGAAAGUUUUCUGAGUGGCAUGUGGCAGUUAACGGAGUCUUCGUCCCCAACUACCAGCCCUUCAUCAUCUAGUGUGGAAUCUCCUUCAGAUUUCACCGAAAGACAAGUAGUGAUGAGAAGAAACGUUGACAUCAAAGGUGAAGUGUUUGAUGCUGAAGAAGAGAAACCUUUGAUUGAACAAGAAAUAGAAGAUGACGUUAGCUGGGAGACACUUUUGGAAUCCUCUAUUAGUUUUAGCCAUGCUUAUCCGAGGGACUUGUGCAGCUUCUUGUAUCUCCGGGGAUGGAAAGAUGGAUUUGGUAUCGAGCAUCAUAGCAUUAAUGCCAAGGAAGAACACAAGAACGACGAGCAUGCAGAUGACACAAGCACGAGCAACAUAGCUUCUCCCACUUCUACUUACAACCCAUUCUCCGACCCAUAUUAA